AUGAUUAGGACAAGAGAAGAUAACUCUGAGGUUAAUGAAACAGAAGAUCAAGAAUUACCUAACAUGGCUUCUGGCAGACAUAUUGUGAAAAAGAUGGGGAAGAGAAAUAUGGUAUCGUUUUGGAUCUUUGGCUUAUGUAAUAAUUUUGCAUACGUGGUGAUGCUUAGUGCAGCUCACGACAUUUUAAAAGAAGAGGAAAAACCUUCCAACUCAUCCUCAUCAGGAAACUCAACUACAGAGAAUCCACCAGAAACAACUAGUCACGCGUCCAAUGUUACUCACCUGGAAUGCAACUCAAUAAGCACAGGAGCUAUAUUGCUGGCUGACAUUUUACCUACUCUGUUUGUAAAGCUGACAUUUCCAUUAUUUAUACAGAAGAUACCAUAUAACAUUAAAGUAUCUCUAGUGUCAGUUUUUAUUCUUGCUAGUUUUCUUAUCGUGGCCUUUGCUCGUGAAAUAUGGUUAAGUAUAUUAGGAAUUGUUUGUGCAAGUAUCGCAGGGGGGCUUGGAGAAAUUACAUUUCUUAGUUUGACCACUUUCUACCAUGUAAAUGUAGUUUCAAUGUGGUCGUCUGGCACAGGCGGUGCUGGUGUUCUUGGAGCACUUGCCUAUGCUGGGUUUACUACGGCAGGCUUAUCGCCUCGGAAUACUCUACUAGUCAUGAUUGUUGUUCCCGUGAUGAUGAUGGCGACAUACAUUUUUCUCAUACAAAAACCCAACUACGAGAAGAAUAAAAAGAACGAAGAUAGUGAUGAUCACACGUUGCUGCUUGAAGAUAAUACACCAGUGAAGAUACAUUUGACUCUGGGUCAAAAGUUACUACUUAUCCCAGGUUUGUUCAAGUACAUGAUCCCAUUACUUCUUGUUUACUUCGGGGAGUAUUUCAUCAACCAAGGCCUUCAUGAGCUGUUGUACUUCAAUGGAGUAUGGCUCUCCAAAAGUGAACAGUACAGAUGGUAUCAAGUCGACUAUCAAAUUGGUGUCUUCAUUUCUAGGUCCUCAGUGAAUAUAAUCCACAUUCAAAAGCUGUGGAUUCUGCCAAUCUUACAGUUCGUGAACCUGAUCGUGUUGUUUUUUCAUGUUUUCUUCAGGUUCAUUCCAUCAAUCUGGAUUGUUUUUAUCAUUAUUCUUUGGGAAGGACUUCUAGGUGGAGCAGCUUACGUCAACACAUUCUAUAAAAUGACAAAUGAAUUGCCUGCCGACAAGAAGGAAUACUGUAUUGGUGUUGCCACACUGGGCGAUUCUGUCGGGAUUGCUGCAGCAGGUGCUGUGGCUAUUCCUGUACAUCAGGCAAUCUGUAACCUGAACUUAAAAAUGUAA